AUGAUUGGUCUACAGAGCGCUGCGAUCAUCAUGCCCAUCAACCUGCUCAUCGUCUUCUUGUUUCGAAACUCUGGUUCUAAAUCGUCUAUAAAGGAAAAGACAAAGUCGAGAAAGGGAACGUCUGUCAAUAAGCCGGCCAUGUAUUUGCCUCAUAAGAAACAAAAUGACAGAGAAGCGGAAAAGAAACAAAAUGAGCUACGCACCCUGGGCAAUUACGAAUCUGAACCUACGUCAUUUUGGCGCCACAAAGAGAAUUCUACAGCCAAGAAAAAACAGCUUAUUUCGGAUUAUUCUGGAAAGCAUAUACACCGACGCCAUAUACAUCUGGACUUUGAUGACACAAUAGAAGAAAUCAACACCAGCAAUGGCACGGAUUCGAAGGACCCUGAGACAACACGAAACACCUCACUUCCUUGGUGGUCAGUGUACAUAGGUUGGCUGCUUGUCUGGUCAGUGAGCUUUGUGGCUGCGUUCUUCACCGUCUUGUACACUCUGAGUUUUGGCCGUGCGAAGGCGGAAGCGUGGGUCUUCACCUUUCUAACGUCAUUCCUCACUGACCUGUUCCUGAUACAACCCUUCAAGUUGAUGCUUGUGGCUGUGCUGUUUGCCCUGAUAGUAAAGAAACCUGUAGAAGAUGAAGACCCUCAGCCAGAGCCGCUGCAAAAGGACGAAGAAUAUCUAGAGGACAACAAAAAGGUGGUGACACAUGAUUCUAGACACUGGCGGACGGCAACCGGGUGGAUGCGUUAUUUGUGGACGGAGGAAGCCAAUACGCUAGAACACCACAAUAAAAUGAGUACAGAAACUGUCAACUCUGAGCUUCCGCUAGACGAAAUUGACCUGGCCGAACAACGAGCGGACAGUCUAGAAAGACGCAAGAGACGGAAACAAAUCCUGGAGGUCUUGACAUUUGGGUUGUUUGUGACUGUCAUCAUGUUGACGUCAUACGGCGAGAGAAGUCCCUUGGCUUUCUACGUCACCAAGAAUGUACAACGGCUUCUCUUAGAGAGCGGGGACAUUGAAUUCUCCGAGAUUAAGGAUAUUCCUUCUUUCUGGACUUGGAUGUCUACCGGGUUGAUCCCUGUCACCAAUGCAACCCAAUGGUACAACGGUAGAGGGCUCGGUUCCUUGGAGGCUGCGAUUAUGGAGGACAUGUUAACCUAUCCACUGGGCCAUGUACAGCUUCGGCAAGUGCGACUAAGCCCUGGAGAACAUUGCGAAGCACCCAAACGAAUAGCAAGCAUAAUAUCUCGUUGUAGAGCGGCGCACUCCUUUGCUGUUGCCGAUACACAAAACUAUACUGAAGGGUGGAACACAACAGCUGAGUUGAGAGUUCUCGCCAAUACGACGGAAUCGCCUGAGAACUCCUACUACUUGGAAACAGAAAAUCCAUGGAGCUACACGUUUGCCUCUGUAACUGAUGGUUUUCCAUACUUUGGAAAGCAGGGAACCUACUUGCCUGGUGGAUACGUUACUUCGUUGGGAAGCGCAAAGCAUACAAGUUUAUCUCGUGUUGAACACUUACAGCAACAGGAUUGGCUAGACGACAAGACUCGGGCAGUAUUCAUCGAACUCACUUUGUACAACCCGCACGUGAACUUGUUUUCCGUGGUUUCCAUGGCAGUGGAGUUCACCAAUCAGGGUGCGGCGUACAAAGGGUCAGAGGUCGUGACCUUGCGACUCGUCCAGCACGACGCCAUCUUGCUCCUUGUUCUUAGAGGAUGUUUGGCACUUUUUAUUCUUAUAUUUGCACUUCGGGAAGGGAAGACGCUUUUCUCGCGUCCUCUUGACUAUCUGACUGAGUUCUGGAGUUGGGUAGAGCUUCUCGUCAUCGCUGUAGGCUUCUCAGCUCUUGGCGUCUACUUCCACACACAGAGCAUCAUAGAUGAGGUGGCGGUACAGCGUACAGCCGGACACAACGCAACAUUUGGCGGGUAUAAGAGCGCAGUCGGCUGGUUCCAAGUCUACACCUACCUUUUGGGUCUCCUCAUCUGCUGCGCUACAUUAAAGUUCAUCCGUCUCCUACGCUUCAACGCUCACGUAUACGCAUUGUCUAUGACAAUGAGACGAUCCCUCAAGCCUGUAGCACAAUUCAUGCUUACCGUUGUGAUCCUCAUCAUGGCGUUUACACAGAUGGCAAACUUGAUUUUUGGUGUAAAACUCUUAGAGUACAAAAACAUAACUUCAAGUCUGCAAAGCCUUUUGUUUAUGAUGAUGGGCAGCUUUGACUUCGAGGCUUUGACUCAGGGACAUGAACUGUUAGGCCCAAUGAUAUUUUUCACUUAUCAGAGCAUGAUGCAGUUUUUCUUGCUUAGUAUGUUUAUGGCGAUCAUAAUGGACGUUUACAGCGAAGACACCCAAUCGACUCAUACGGAAGAGCUGAACUUCAACGCCUUUGUUAAGGAAUCUGCCUUAAGGGUGUUAGAGAAAGUCAAAGACAAAAAGUCUCCUAAUAUCAAUGUUGUAAAGAAUAUUUCAACAAGAGACAGAGGAACAUUAGAGGACAUGCUUACAAAAAUAGAUCGCAUGGUGGGAGACCUUGACACUGGUGUUUAUGAUUAACAUUUUACAUUUUGCAAAAGACAUUAAUGAACACAAAAUAUCACAGUGACUGUUUGUACCAACAUUUGGUUCUCUUGUUCUUUUCUUUUGGAUGUCA